AUGUGUGGGUGGACCAACGAUCAAGCCAAUUGGCACACCCGUUGGUUUCUGGUCUCUUCUCGUCAGCCGUCACUUCCAGACGCGCACUGGCCCACCCUCUGCCUGUCCACAAAGGCGCCGCAGCCAGUAGACCAAGGGGCCUCCUGGUUCGCAGACGAUGUCAAAAUCACAAACUCUAAAGCCCCCCAAACUCCCAUUCAAGCUCGUGUUUGGAGUCCCAAUGUGCCCUCCUCUCUCGGUCUUCGAUGCCUCUCUCUUACUUACUUUAUCCACCUGGGGAGACGUGUGGGGCCGUUCGCGAAUCGGACGUCUUGGCAAUCCAGGAACCUCGAUAACUGUCGAGUGGACAUUCCAGCAUCCGAAUCGCCCUAUUUAUUUGACAAGCAGCAGAAGCUCGACGUGACUAGAGGUGCAGGAAACGCCAUUCAAAACGGAGAGCAUGAGAUUGAAAGAGCGGAACAGUUCUUUUCUCUAUUUCCCUCAUUCUCGCUAGAGCCCGCCAGCCCGCUUGCCGUGUGCCACUUCAACGAUGGGGAGACCUGUGAUUGGUCGAAUGAAGGAGCCAUCUGGCAACAUCAGUGGGGGAUUGAGCGGGCUUCUCUUUGUCUCAACGCCAGAACUCCACGUUCUCCCAAAAAGGUGUCUUCAUGGCUUCCCAGUCUCCCUGUGGGACAACGGAAACCCGAGAAGGACAUCAGUGUUCGUUUUGCUAGCCCCCCCAUUAAUGCUGCUUUCGGAUUGAAGUGCAUCGCUUUCGUGUACUCAAUCGACCCUGGACGCGGAAAACUACCUAAACCGAUUGGCUCUCCCAUCACUCUCGCUUUACUUCAGCGUCAAGAAGGUAUAGUGGGAAAAUCGGUUAUUAGGACUGUGAAGAUCAAAGUUGCCCAAAGUCUAGUGUCUUUGCAGCUUCCACAUUAUCAGGUUUCAGGCCUAUUUCUCUCCUUUUCCGCCCUCAACUUGCUAGUGGCUCCGCCAAAACCGAUCGCAGUUUGCACCUUCGACGACGGUGAAUUCUGCGGCUGGAAAAACGAUGCCAAUACACAGAAUUCUGAGUGGACUUGGGAACAGUCAGCUCUGUGCUUGUCAACAAAGGCCAGACAAACUGGAAAGAAGGGCUCAUUCUGGAUUCCCAGUCUUCGUAGUUCUGAAAAGAGAACGUCAUCCAACGUUGACAUUAAUGCUCGUCUCUGGAGUCCCUCUGUUCCGGAGCCCCCUUCAAUGAUGCAUAUUUGGACCUUCGAAAACACAUUUGGGGGUUGGAAGCCGGACGCCAACAACUGGCGGCAAGACUGGCAAAUCACACGGUUGGAAAGUCACCACACAAGUGCUGUUUGUCUCACAGGUGUUCCUGUUCAGGUCGAGGAGGAACUGCCGUGGUUUUCGAGUAAAACGGUGAAAAGAACCCAUGAUCCAGCUCAUGGUAGAAUUUGGAGCCCUCUUAUUCCCGCGUCAGCUGGGAUGCGUUGCCUUACGUUGCUUUAUCAGAUGGACAAAUCCGCUAAUUUGUCGCUGCUGCAACGACAAGAAGGGAAUUCUGAGAAUGUUGUGGGUCUUGUUUCAUCCUUUUCUUCGUCACUUAUCCGAGCUGUUCUGAAUGACUUUUGGUGGCUGGGCACCCGACAGGCAGUCGGCGUGAAUUUCGGCAUCGAAUCUCCUCCAGAACCAUUCCACGUGUGGACUUUCAAUGAAAAUUCUGGUAGAUGGGUCAAUGACGCUGCAAAUUGGCAUCAGAAAUGGCAACUUACUGAUGGAGCCGUCUGUUUGAAAAAUGUGCCCAUUGAGUUAGACGAAGGCACCGGUGACAUGCCUUGGCUUUCGCUGAACAGCGAAAAGGAUGCAGCACCUGUCAAAGGUGCGAAAAUUCGUUUCUGGAGUCCCCCGAUUCCAGCCGCUGUUGGGAUGCGCUGCGUCUCAAUGGCCUACCUUGUCGACCUUGAUUCUGGGGACCUCGUGGAUUAUGGUCUCAGCAUUUUGCAACACCAGGAAAAGUGA